AUGCAUUUGCGAGAUGGCGAAGGCGGCGGCACCGCCUUUCAAGAAACUGACCGUACAGAAGGCCUCAAUGGCCUGAUCAAUGGCACCACUGACCCAUCCUCGUCAAGGUCCAUUGCCAUAACGCCCCGCGACGAUGCACAAAGCGGCGUGGCCGCUUACACACUUGAGCUUCUGCUCUCAUGGCUGCUCGUGCUCUACCGCAACAACGACGACGGUCUCAGCCGUGUCAACUGGGGAUUUAGAACGGGGGAUGACCAGCAACCGUCCUCUACCACACACAACAGCUUAAGUCUUAGCGAAGCUCCAUUCAACAACAGCAACUCGGUCGCCGAAGCUUUGCAGGCAAUCAAGAAACUCGACGUGAAUGAGCAGAUUGGUGAUGCGCAGACGGUCCCAGUCAUUUACUUCAAUAAUGGGACGCCUGCACAAAGCGGCGUUGAAAAGACGCCCUCUAAGAGAUCUCAUGACUGGACAUACCAGAUCGAGGCGACGAUUCUUGAAAACCAGAUGGCGAUCAAGGCUCAGUGGAAUCGGGCCGCCCUGUCUUACCGUCAUGCCAUCUACCAGCUCGACGCCUUCGUUGAGAUCCUCACUACAAUCUUGGAAAAGCCCGAACGCCUCGUUGGAGACACAGUUGGACCUACCGCCAAAGACCUUGAGCAGAUCUGGACAUGGAACGCCGAACUUCCGCCGAAUAUUCAGAGAUGUACUCAAGAUAUCAUUUCAGAAGUUGCCGCCAACGGCCCCGACAGGCCAGCGGUCGAGUCCUGGGACGGAAACUUCACCUACGGAGAGAUAGAGCAACUCUCUACCCGCCUUGCGCGUCAUCUAGUUCACCGCGGGGUCAAGGUCGGCUCGACAGUGCCUAUGUGCUUUGAGAAGUCAAGGUGGACAACGGUAGCUCUCUUGGCUGUCAUGAAGGCCGGCGCUGCCUUUGCGCUUACCGACCCUAGCCAGCCUGAGGCCCGUCUCCGCACCAUCGUUGAGCAGACCGGUGCAACGAUUGUCGUGACGUCGCAACUUCAAAGUGAGCUUGGACGUCGUAUUGCACCCGAGGGAACUGUAAUCAUCGCUUCUGAAGAGGUCAUCAAAUCCGACUCCCUGGAGCUAGCCUCUGAGCUGCCUUUUGUUCCUCCUUCAUCUCCUCUCUACAUCCAGUUCACCUCCGGCAGCACAGGAAAGCCUAAGGGUGUCAUGAUUUCCCAUGAAAACUUCACCAGUGGUGCCGUCCCUCGUGGCGACGCUGUCGGAUACCGCGCGCAUUCUCGCUGCUUUGAUUUCGCAUCAUAUGCUUUCGAUGUCAGCAUCGACUGCAUGCUCUGCACAUAUGCCGCUGGCGGCUGCCUCUGUAUCCCGUCAGAUGAGGAGCGCAUGAAUGACCUCAGCGGUGCUAUCCGUAAUAGCAAGUGCAACAUGGCACACAUGACCCCCUCCGUCGCUCGUGUGCUGGAUGCCGAUAUUAUUCCUUCUCUUGAAGUCCUUGGUCUCGGAGGUGAGGCCGUAUCCGCCGGCGACGCUUCAACAUGGAGCAAGACCACGAGCGUCAUCAUCGCCUACGGUCCCUCAGAAUGCACUGUUGGCUGCACCAUCAACAACAACGUCAAGGCCUCUACCAACAUCGGCAAGGGCGUUGGUGGUCUCACUUGGAUCGUUGACCCCGAUGACCAUGAGCGUCUGAUGCCUGUUGGCGCUGUGGGCGAGCUUCUUAUUGAAGGCCCCGUUGUUGGACUGGGAUACCUCAACGACAAAGCCAAGACUGACGAGGUCUUCAUCGAGGAUCCCUCUUGGCUUGUUGCCGGCGGCGGACCCGCUCGGGGUAGACAUGGCCGCCUUUACAAGACUGGUGACCUGGUUCGUUACGACCCUGAUGGAACCGGUUCUAUUGCCUUCGUCGGCCGCAAGGACCAGCAAGUCAAGCUCCGUGGCCAGAGAAUCGAGCUGGCUGAGGUAGAGCACCACCUCAGGGGUAAGAUGCCCUCGGGUAUCAAGAUUGUGGCAGAGGUCAUCAAGCCCGGCGGCAGCGAGCCUACCCUUGUCGCCUUUAUCGUCGAGCAAAACCCCGUCGAUUCUCCAGACACCGAGGGCGAUGUCACCGUCUUCUCGCCCGAGUUCAGCCAGGCCAUCGCCGAGAUCGACGUUGCCCUUGGAGCUGAAAUCCCUCGCUAUAUGGUCCCCUCUGCCUACAUUCCCCUUCGUAAGAUGCCGUCUCUCGUUUCCGGAAAGAUCGAUCGCAAGAAGUUGCGUGAGCUUGGUGCCUCGAUGACACGAGAGCAGGUUGCACGUCUCCGUGUCGCCCCCACUGAGAAGAGCGAGCCUGAGACUGAGAUGGAGAAGGCUUUGCAGCAGGUCUGGGCCAAGCUUCUCGGCAGCGAUGCCCCUAUCGGUCUCCAUGACAGCUUCUUCGCUCUCGGCGGUGACUCCCUCAAGGCCAUGAAGUUGGUUGCUGCCGCCAGAGAGGAGGGCAUUGUCCUUACUGUCGCGACCAUUUUCAACUUCCCCACGCUCAAGGAAAUGGCACUGAACGCAACCAAGGCUUCCAAGGAUGAUGAUGCUACUAUCGCACCUUUCUCCCUGCUUGAGGAAGGGUGGACCCCUGAGGAGGCCCGCAUCGAAUCUGCCAAACUGUGCGGCAUCGACGAGUCUACGAUCGAGGAUAUCUACCCUUGCACGCCUCUUCAGGAGGGACUCAUGGCCCUCUCAGCUAAGGUCAAGGAGGCUUAUGUGGCCCAAAGAGUCGUUGACCUUCCUGAUGCGGAGACUGCUGAAAAGCUUCGUAAGGCCUUCGACAUCGCGGCUGCAGACUGCCCUAUCCUACGCACUAGAAUUGUCCAAGUUCCUGGUCGCGGUCUCGCUCAAGUUGUCGUAAAGGAGGACAUUCCCUGGUACAUUGGCGACGAUCUGCAGAGCUACCUUAUCAAGGACCGAGACGAAGCCACUGACCUCGGCAAGCCCCUCGUUCGUUACGCUCUCAUCACCGAGAAGGAGACUGGCAAGGUUCACUUUGUGCUGACAAUGCAUCACGCUCUCUAUGACGGUUGGUCCAUGCCUUUGGUCGUCGACAAGGUCAACAAGGCUUUCGACGGUCAGAGAGUUCAGCGUCCUGCCGAGUUCAAAGACUUCAUCAAGUACCUCAACACCAUGGACCGAGCCGCUGCCGAAACUUACUGGCGCGAUCAGCUUCAGGGCGCGACAGGCACUCAAUUCCCCGCCCUGCCGUACCCUGGUUAUCAAACUCAGGCUGACUCUUUGCUCGAGGUCUACGUUCCUUUGACUGGCAGACCUGCUUCCAACACUACGGUUGCCACUGUCAUCCGCGGUGCGUGGGCCUACGUCGCGUCUCACUACACUGCAUCAUCCGAUGUCGUCUUCGGCGAGACGCUCACUGGACGCAACGCUCCCAUCAGGGGCGCCGAUGAGAUUGAGGGCCCGAUGAUUACCACUGUCCCCUUCAGAGUCCAAGUCAACGGUGAAACUACCGUCAGCGACUUCCUGCACGACAUCCAGGACCAGACCGUCCAGCAAAUCCCUUACGAGCACACUGGUCUUCAACACAUCCGCCGUCUGAGUCCCGACGCUCUUGAAGCUUGCGAGCUCCGCACCGGUAUCGUUCUUCACCCUAGCGCCGACGGCGUCGAUCAGGAGGAGUUCAACAAGUACCCUGCGAAUCGACUUGUUCCUGCCGGUGAUGCGGAAGCUGCGCAGGAGGCUCUCAAGUUCAACACCUACGCUCUGAUGCUUGUCUGCUCUACGGAUCCCAAGGGAUUCUUGGUAAUGGCCAGCUUCGACUCCAAGACCGUUGGAAAGCCUUUGAUGGAGAAGGCUCUGGCCCAAUUCUCCCAAGUGGCACAACAGAUGUGCCAGCUUACCGACACGCCGCUUGCUGAUGUUAAGUACCUCACGCAAGAGGACCAGGCUGAGGUGUCUCGCUUGAGCACUGAGAGCCUGAAAAACGUACAGGCAGAAUACCCUGAAGCCGAGGCUGCAUGGAUUAUCAACUCCAGCGAUGCUGGACGUCUCGCGCCCCCAGGUGUUGUGGGUGAGCUAGUUAUCGUCAGCAAAGCUGAGCUGGCACUUUCUACGCUUGAUCAUGCCCCCUGGACAGAGAGCAAAGAUGGAGCUAGGUUCUACAAGACGGAUCGACUUGCCAAGUUCAACCCGGAUGGAACCAUUCAAUAUGCCGGCAAGAAGAGCGAUCUGGUUCAGAAGGCUACCACUGCCCCCAAGGCUCCCACGAAGCGCAUCUCUGCUACAUCUUCCAAGCAGAGACGCCUGCGGACUCUUUGGAGCCGCGUGCUCAAGCUCGCCGAGAGUGAUAUUGGCCUCAACGACAGCUUCUUCAGACUGGGUGGUGACUCAAUAGGGGCUAUGAAGCUCGUCUCCGAAGCUCGCCUGGCUGGUUUCACCCUUACCGUCAAUCAGGUCUUCUCGAAGCGGACGUUAUAUGACAUGGCGUCUGUUCUCCAGGAUUCAGAGCCUACACAAGACUCUGAAGAAUCGACCAAGGCCAUCGUGCCUUUCGAGCUGCUAGAGAACGCUGGCACCGACGUGGUUGAAAGUCUACGCCCCUUGCUGGCAGACCAAUCAUGGAAGAUUGUGGAUGCUUUCCCAGCAAGGCCGCUGCAAGAGGUUGCUGUCAAGGGAACCAUUGAGAUCCCAAGAUUCUCUGCACGUUACGAGGCCAUGUACUUUGAGAGCGACGUUGACCGCCCACGUCUGUUCCAAAGCUGCCAAGAAUUGGUUUCUCGGAACGAGGUGCUCCGGUCAGUGUUCGUCCAACACAAUGGCACCUGCGUGAGCGUUGUUCUCGAAGACGUGAAGACUCCCGUGGAGGAGUACGAGAUUGACAGUGAUGUCGAGACCUUCACCAAGCAUCUUUGCAACCUCGAUGUUCAGACGCGGAUGCCGCUCGGCUCCGUCUUUGUCAAGUGGUUCUUUGUUCACAGCACCAACGGCCAAUCAGCCCUGAUCUUCCGCGUCUCUCACGCGCAGUAUGACGAGAUCUGCCUGCCCCUGAUGCUCCAUCAGCUUUCCGCCCUGCACGAGGGCAAGCCGGUGCCCAAGUCUCUUCCCUUCUCUUCCUUCGUCAGCCACGUGGUCAAGUCCAACAUCCCUCAGAGCAUCGACUAUUGGAAGGAGCUCCUCCAAGGCUCGUCUGUCUCCGUCCUCAAGCCCGAUACCCCAGUGACCCAGAGACAGCAUUAUGCCAUCGACAGAACCUUUGACAUCUCGUCGCGCUCCAAGGACGUGACCAUUGCGACUCUUCCCACUGCCGCCUGGGCUCUUACCCUCGCCCGUCUCCUCGACACCAGGGAUGUCACCUUUGGCGAGGUUGUCAGCGGCCGUAACAUCGAUUUCCCCAACGCCGACAUGGUUGUCGGCCCCUGCUGGCAAUACGUGCCUGUCCGUGUCAAGUUUGAGGAUGACUGGACGGUGAUUGACCUGCUCAAUCUUGUGCAGGAGCAGCACAUCUCCAGCUCGGCCCACGAGGGCAUUGGCCUCAAGGAGAUUGCGAAGCUUUGCACUGACUGGCCCGCCUCUGUUGACUGGUUCGACACUGUGGUCCACCAGGAUGUCGAGCACGUCGAGACGCUCGGCUUCUCGUCGGCGAGCAGCAGAAUGGAGACUAUCUACCCGCACCAGGAGCCUUUGCGCGAGUGGAAGAUCCAGGCGUUCCCCCAGGGAGACAAGUUGACCAUUGAGAUUGUGACGUUUGAGUCGUGGGCAGGACACGCCAAGGAGCUGUUGGACAAGAUUGAGAAGACAUUUGAGGUCCUCUUGGGCAACCCCGGGGCCCGUUUGUUUGAGCAGUAG